AUGGAGACCCCACCAGCCGCUGUAUCUGUACCCGCUAGGUCUGUACCCGCUGUAUCUGUACCCGCUAGGUCUGUACCCGCUAGGUCUGUACCCGCUAGGUCUGUACCCGCUGUAUCUGUACCCGCUAGGUCUGUACCCGAUAGGUCUGUACCCGCUGUAUCUGUACCCGCUAGGUCUGUACCCGCUAAGUAUGUACCCGCUGUAUCUGUACCCGCUGUAUCUGUACCCGCUAGGUCUGUACCCGCUAGGUCUGUACCCGCUGUAUCUGUACCCGCUGUAUCUGUACCCGCUAGGUCUGUACCCGCUAGGUCUGUACCCGCUGUAUCUGUACCCGCUGUAUCUGUACCCGCUAGGUCUGUACCCGCUAGGUCUGUACCCGCUAGGUCUGUACCCGCUGUGUCUGUACCCGCUGUGUCUGUACCCGCUGUAUCUGUACCCGCUAGGUCUGUACCCGCUAGGUCUGUACCCGCUGUAUCUGUACCCGCUAGGUCUGUACCCGCUAGGUCUCUACCCGCUGUAUCUGUACCUGCUGUAUCUGUACCCGCUAGGUCUGUACCCGCUAGGUCUGUACCCGCUAGGUCUGUACCCGCUGUAUCUGUACCCGCUAGGUCUGUACCCGUUGUAUCUGUACCCGCUGUAUCUGCACCCGCUGUAUCUGUACCCGCUAGGUCUGUACCCGCUAGGUCUGUACCCGCUAGGUCUGUACCCGCUAGGUCUGUACCCGCUGUAUCUGUACCCGCUAGGUCUGUACCCGCUGUAUCUGUACCCGCUAGGUCUGUACCCGCUGUAUCUGUACCCGCUGUAUCUGUACCCGCUAGGUCUGUACCCGCUAGGUCUGUACCCGCUAGGUCUGUACCCGCUGUGUCUGUACCCGCUGUAUCUGUACCCGCUGUAUCUGUACCCGCUAGGUCUGUACCCGCUGUAUCUGUACCCGCUGUAUCUGUACCCGCUAGGUCUGUACCCGCUAGGUCUGUACCCGCUAGGUCUGUACCCGCUAGGUCUGUACCCGCUGUGUCUGUACCCGCUGUAUCUGUACCCGCUAGGUCUGUACCCGCUAGGUCUGUACCCGCUGUACUGUCUGUACCCGCUAGGUCUGUACCCGCUGUGUCUGUACCCGCUGUAUCUGUACCCGCUAGGUCUGUACCCGCUAGGUCUGUACCCGCUGUGUCUGUACCCGCUAGGUCUGUACCCGCUAGGUCUGUACCCGCUAGGUCUGUACCCGCUAGGUCUGUACCCGUUAGGUCUGUACCCGCUGUAUCUGUACCCGCUGUAUCUGUACCUGCUAGGUCUGUACCCGCUGUAUCUGUACCCGCUAGGUCUGUACCCGCUAGGUCUGUACCCUCUGUAUCUGUACCCGCUGUAUCUGUACCCGCUGUAUCUGUACCCGCUAGGUCUGUACCCGCUAGGUCUGUACCCGCUAGGUCUGUACCCGCUAGGUCUGUACCCGCUAGGUCUGUACCCUCUGCAUCUGUACCCGCUGUAUCUGUACCCGCUGUAUCUGUACCCGCUGUAUCUGUACCCGCUAGGUCUGUACCCGCUAGGUCUGUACCCGCUAGGUCUGUACCCGCUGUAUCUGUACCCGCUGUAUCUGUACCCGCUGUAUCUGUACCCGCUAGGUCUGUACCCGCUGUAUCUGUACCCGCUAGGUCUGUACCCGCUGUAUCUGUACCCGCUAGGUCUGUACCCGCUGUAUCUGUACCCGCUAGGUCUGUACCCGCUAGGUCUGUACCCGCUGUAUCUGUACCCGCUAGGUCUGUACCCGCUAGGUCUGUACCCGCUGUAUCUGUACCCGCUAGGUCUGUACCCGCUGUAUCUGUACCCGCUAGGUCUGUACCCGCUAGGUCUGUACCCGCUGUAUCUGUACCCGCUAGGUCUGUAUCCGCUGUAUCUGUACCCGCUAGGUCUGUACCCGCUGUAUCUGUACCCGCUAGGUCUGUACCCGCUAGGUCUGUACCCGCUGUAUCUGUACCCGCUAGGUCUGUACCCGCUGUAUCUGUACCCGCUAGGUCUGUACCCGCUAGGUCUGUACCCGCUGUAUCUGUACCCGCUGUAUCUGUACCCGCUAGGUCUGUACCCGCUAGGUCUGUACCCGCUGUAUCUGUACCCGCUAGGUCUGUACCCGCUGUAUCUGUACCCGCUGUAUCUGUACCCGCUGUAUCUGUACCCGCUAGGUCUGUACCCGCUGUAUCUUUACCUGCUGUAUCUGUACCCGCUAGGUCUGUACCCGCUGUAUCUGUACCCGCUGUAUCUGUACCCGCUAGGUCUGUACCCGUUAGUCUGUAUGACUGUUCACUUCUAACAGACAAUGUUGCCCUUCAUUUGGUGUGA